UCGAGGACAUUAUCGAGCAUCACCACGAGAUUCAUUUUCUUUGAGCCCCCACCAUAAAUCCCUCUCUCUGCCUCCCUUCUUCUGGGAUUUCGUCAUACAAGAGACGAAGCAGAAGAUAAAAAGCAUGAGCGAGACAGAGAUGAAGGUAGACCCUGUAAGAGCGAAGGCGCUCGUCUCACAGCUGCAGGAGGUGCAGCAGCGCAUCAGCGCCGUCGCAAAGGGCAGACCUGUCCGCCUCGUGGCAGUAUCCAAGCUCAAACCAGCCAACGACAUCCUGGCCCUACACACCGCCCCAGCAAACCACACCCACUUUGGCGAGAACUACGCCCAGGAGCUCACCCAAAAGGCGGCCCUCCUCCCGCCCUCGGUGCGGUGGCACUUCAUCGGCGGCCUGCAGUCGACACACUGCAAGACCCUCGCCAAGAUCCCCAAUCUCUUCGCCGUGUCGUCCAUCGACAGCGUCAAGAAGGCCUCGCUGCUCAACAAGGCGCGGGGCGACUACCUGGCGGCCGGCACACAGCAGCAGCCAGAGGGUGAGAACGGCAUCAUCAAUGUCCACGUCCAGGUCAACACCAGCGGCGAGGAGUCCAAAUCCGGCUGUAGCCCCGGCCCCGACGCCGUGGCCCUGUGCCGGUACGUCCUGAACGAGUGUCCCCACCUCCGCCUGCUCGGCCUCAUGACCAUCGGCGCCAUCGCGCGGAGCAUGGCCACGACGACGCAGGAGGGUGUGGAGAAUGAGGACUUUGUGGCGCUGCGGGACCAGCGGGACCUGGUGGCGGCCGAGCUGGGGGAUCUGCUGCCCAGCGGGCGGGAGCUGGAGCUGAGCAUGGGCAUGAGCGAGGACUUUGAGGGGGCCAUCGGGAUGGGAAGCUCCGAGGUCAGGGUGGGCAGUACCAUAUUUGGGGUGAGGCCGGCUAAGGCGGAUGCGAAGCUUGUUGAGUAG